AUGCUUCAAAGCUUUCUUUUGUUAAGUAUCAUCGUUACCACUUUGGUGCAAGCUGGGUAUACGCUUGAAAAUUCAGACAUCGAAGAGAGGACAAGAACAUUUAGCGAUCUUUCAACUAGUGAUGCCGUCACCGUCGAUCCUUCUGCCGCUCAAGUUGUGCCGAUACAUCAAAACAACGACAGUGGUGCAGGGCGUGACAACCCAAAAAUGAUCAUGCGCUAUCCUGACAUUCGUGAUAAUCAACAUCUUCGGUCCCACAAUGAGCACGAGGAGCGCGAAGAUGAUGUGUGGGGGCCCAUUUUUCAAGUCAUCGGCAUAAUGACAGUCGCAUUAUUGUUUCUUCAUGUUUUUUGUAUAUGUCUAUGUUGA